AUGCAGUGCGCGUCAGAACAAGGGUGCCUCUCACUUUUCGCAACGAUUCUGCAGCCCAGCACGACCGGUUGUGGCUUCAUUCUACCGUCGAGUGUAUCUUCGUACAGAGCGCUUGAGCUGUACUGUGAGGAAAAAGCGCCUUCAAAAGUCAUGAAACUUGCGUCAAAGCAACUGUCACUUUGGGUCGCCUUUGGAUGCUUGAUUGGAGCGAUCGCGAUAGAAGAGAAUGUGGGAACGACACGGUUACUAGAAGCCGAAACCACCACUACCACCACCACCGCAACGUCCCCUACAACGGUCACUGAACCUUUCACUAGCACCCCUUCCACCACAAUCACUACCACUACCACCAGCACAACCGUACCGAGCUCAACCACCACCUCAAGUACGUCCGCAGUUCCUAUUUUGGCAAGAGCUAACCCCAUCUCUAGCAGCUCCACGGUCAGAAGCAUCCCCAGCACAGCUUCGGGCACCAGCGGAACAACUGCUAAACCCUCCGCAAAGCGUCAGAUAAGCUUGAGUGAGUUUCAGCAGCUGGUCGCAAAGGUGAACGAUGAAAUUAGCAUGCUCCGAAAUCAAUCGGCCAAUCUUUCGCAAACCUACGAAGAGCUAGUGCGACGAUACAACGAACGUACGUCACAGAUACCGAUCGUACUGUAUGAUGUAACGGAAUGCUCCAACAGCUCCACUGGUCCGGCUGAACGCUUAAGCGACACAACGGAGAAAAGCACAAAGUUGUCCACAUUAGUCACUGGAACAGUCUCCAAUGGUACUGAAACAACGGCAAGAGCUACUACUACGACCGAGCGAACAACAACCACCACUACUUUGGAGACAACUACCACUACGUCUACUACUGCGGUGCCACCAUCGAGUACAAGAAGGGUCGAUUAUUCUCCUCCAAAGCUGGUACCGUCGGAGCUUUAUCGGGAUCAAGCAUCACUGCCCGACGCUGUGCCACCCAACACCGGAAGCUCUCACACACAAAUUUACGGCAAUAAGUACUACAAUUACAUACAUUACUUCAUGUAUCCACCGAACGAGUCACAGCUGGAAGAAAUUCAAAACCCAUUCCCGAUCGGUCAUCGGCGAAAGGUUGGAAACGAUUCGAGAAGAGCUCCACCACCAAGCCGUCGACGACCGUACGAAAAGACAAAACAUCGAUGGGAAGAGUCAAUUGAAUCCAAGGAAGAAGAGGAAGAAUCUGAGUUUGAUGCCUCUGCCGCUUUGCGUAGAAAACCCUCAAAGACAAGGACACCAACUGGUGAGCUUCGAAGCAAUGUAAGACUUGGUUCUACAGACCGCCGAGCUCCAUUGAGAAGUCCUGCAGGACCUGUAGAAACAUAUUCGUUCGACUCAAAGCCAAUUGGUGAGCUAAGAAGCAAUAUACGAUUCGGUUCCUCAGACCCAAGAGCUCCAGUUAGAAGUCCAGCAGGUCUAGCAGAACCCUUUGCAUACGGCUCAAAACCAACGGGUGAGCUUAGAACCAAUCUAAGGUUAGGUUCUACAGAUCCCAGAGUUCCAUUUGGAAGUCCUACUGGUCCAGCACAACAGUAUCCAUACGAUGAUUCAUACCGCGCAGGAGCUGUUCCACAACGACAACCCAUCGAGCCAACGGAUUUCUUGGCUCCGGCGAAGCUACCACAGUAUCCAUCCUUCUCGGAACGCAUUCCGCCACGAAUCUCACCACCACAGCAGCAGUUCCCCGCUCUAAAGCUCCAAACGUCACCACCUGAAAGCGCACCCAUAGCGCCUCCCAAAAAAAACGCACUGACGGCCUUUCUAGAACGUCGUAAGCUGAAUCGAAACGGUCCGUACACGGUAGCAGUUCCGGCCAAGCUUGCCACACCGCCGACAACUACCGUUGCUCGGGCGGAUGCUGUAACGCCACCGUCAGUCGAGAGUUUGUUAACGUUCGGUGCGAAACCGGUCAGCUACGCAAUUCCGACCACCGUGAAACCUUCGCUCGGAGUCGUCCGCAACGGUUGGGAUGCAAACGAUUUUUCCUUCAUCCGUAAGGCGCAGGAAAGCAAGAAGCGGCUGCAGCGGGAGCGUCGAUCGUGGGGAGCCAGAUUGCGUGAUUUAUGA